GAUGAGUAAUCGAGAGGUGGUCAUUCUGAGUGUGGGAGGUGUGAGAUUUGUAACCCGGGCUUCUACCUUGCAGCAGUUCCCUGAGUCCAGGCUGGCACGGAUGUUGAAUGACGAUGACCAGGAAUUUAAACUGGUGAAUGGAGAGUUUUUUGUGGACAGAGAUGGAACUUUGUUUACUUACAUCAUGGACUUCUUGAGGACUCUCCAGGUUUCCUUACCUACUGGUUUCUCAGACUAUCAGAGGCUGCAGAGAGAAGCAGAAUUCUAUGGGCUCUACCCUCUGGCUGACCUCCUGAGCCAGGAACACUUGCUGAAGCCGAGGCUGGAGAUCUUGGAAGUGCGUUUUUCUCUCCAAGAGAUGCAGGCCUUUUUCCGGAUCUUUGGUUCCUGCAGUACCACUGUUGAGACCCUGUCUGAACAGAUCGCUGUGUUCGCAGGGCAGCAGUCAGGACAGAGCUGGAACAGCCCUUUUCCUUCUCAGAAACCACUCGUUCCACUUCCUUUGGAAAGACCUUCUCAUCACGACUUGGUUUUUCAGUGUGGUACCGACUACUCUGCUGGUGACCAGUUUGUGGCCAGGUAUGUUUCCAUAAAGCCUGAUAAUAGAAAGCUGAUUAACGGUACUAAUGUGCUAGGCCUGCUGCUUGACACUUUGCUCAAAGAUGGAUUUCGCCUCAUAAGCACCAGGACAGUCUCCAGUGAAGAGAAAGUCGAAUGCUACAGUUUUGAAAGGAUGAGGAGACCACCAGGCCUCACCGUCAGGGUCAGCCAAACCCCAGGGAGCUCCGGGGCAGCACAGGCAAAGAGAAGCCAAGCGCAGAAAGGGAAAUAAAGCCUUUUCCUUUCAUCUUUUGAAGGUGGAAGAGGGGUGUGUCGCCACUCGUGGCCUUUUUCUGUUGGCUUGUUUGAAACUGCGACUAUUGAGGGAAGUAACAAACAAACAAUAUUUUUUUUUUUUCAAGUAUUU